UGUGACACUGUGACGGUGACCCCCAUCCCACAGGUAUUACCUCCCGCGGAAGUUCUCUCGCUGCAGCAUCGAUGAGUACAACCAGUUCCUGCAGGACGGCGGCGGCAGCUGCCUCUUCAACAAACCCCUGAAGCUCCUGGACCCUCCGGAGUGCGGCAAUGGCUUCGUGGAGGCAGGAGAGGAGUGUGACUGCGGCUCGCUGGCGGAGUGUGCGAGGAGCGGGGGAAACUGCUGCAAGAAGUGCACCCUGACCCACGACGCCAUGUGCAGCGAUGGGCUCUGCUGCAAGGGCUGCAAGUACGAGCCACGUGGCGUGUCCUGCCGGGAGGCUGUGAACGAGUGUGACAUCCCUGAGACCUGCACCGGGGACUCCAGCCAGUGUCCCCCCAACCUCCACAAGCUGGAUGGAUACUUCUGUGAGAACGAGCAGGUGGGUGCAGCCCAGCCUGGUGGGACACGGGCCUGGGGCUGGGCACAUCCCCACGGGCUCCAGCAUCGGGACCUGAGCGUGUUGGAAGUGCAUUUGGGACUGUCCGAGGACAGGGACGGGGCUCGGGGAAGCCUGGGCUGGUGGAAGGUGUCCAUGGCAGGGGAUGGAACCGGAUGGGCUUUAAGGACCCUUCCAACCCAAACCACUCUGACUUUUUGUCAGCAGCUGAGCCACAGCUGAGCCGCACGUACACACGUGGCUGUGGGUUUUGGGGUUAGCAGGGGGCCCUGAGCCCCCUCUGCUGUCCCGUGGCUCUGCACACAGGUGGCUCCUGAUCCCAGCGCCACAUGAGCCGGGGCUGUGGUGGUGGGACCAGCCAUGGGGGGAUGUGG